AUGUUGCAGGUGCAUCCAUGCGGCCGCUACCGGCACAACACAGUGGUCUUCAUCUUGGCCAAGGAGUACAAUCUGCGCAACUUGCGAACUAUUCAUCGUCUUGACCGUCUUACAUCUGGUCUUCUACUCUUUGGUCGGACUCCAAAAAAGGCACGUGCUAUGGAGCAUCAGAUUCGCAACCGUCAGGUGGUCAAAGAGUAUGUGUGUCGUGUUGAAGGAGAUUUUCCCAGUGAAGUGAUUGAGUGCGAGCAGCCCAUUGAAGUCGUGAGCUACAAAAUUGGAGUGUGCAAAGUGUCUCCCCGGGGAAAACACUGCACCACAACUUUCCAAAAGCUGGGUUUCAAUGGCAAAACAAGUGUUAUAUCAUGCAAGCCACACACAGGACGAAUGCACCAGAUUCGUGUGCAUCUACAAUAUCUAGGUUAUCCGGUUGUCAAUGAUCCUCUCUACAACCACACUGUGUUUGGACCUGAGAAAGGUCGUGGAGGUAACAUUGGGAAAACAGAUGAAGAACUUAUUCGUGACCUUAUUAACAUUCAUAAUGCUGAGAAUUGGUUGGGGAUGGAUGGAGAUUCAGAACUCAGUAUGUUUAAACGUACUGAUCUAGAUGAAACUAAAGGAUGCAGUGCAGGAGAUGAAGAGGCAGAUGUGGGGAGCCGCGAGCCUUCUCCAUGUGAUGAAGCUGGAGACGGAGCAGACUCCCCAUCGGUGCCUGCGUCUGUGCCUGUCCCUGCCCCUGCCCCCACUCCCCCAGCUCUUCCUCCCAGCAUGCCAGUCCGGCCCCCGGCAGGGUCCAAAGUAACUGUGGCCACUCAGACCGGUCAGGAGGCUCCGGAUCUCACUUUCAACCCGGAUAAACUAACCUGGGACGAACAUUGUUAUGAGUGCAAGGUGCGGUACCGAGAUCCCAAACCCAAGGACUUGGUGAUGUACCUGCAUGCCUGGAAGUACAAGGGUCCAGGGUGGUCCUAUGAGACAGAGUUGCCUGACUGGGCACGUGUGGAUUGGGUGGAGCAAGAUGAGUAGAACUGGUGAAAGCAUUCAGCAGAAGAGGCAAGAAGACGCAAGAGACGUAUUCACUAGCCCAGUGCUGUAUGGAACCAAGCAUCCACCUACUCACUCUGCUACACUCUACAUAUGCAGCACAUGACGUUUACAUACAGAAUCGCGUGGUGAUUCUUUGAGGAAUGUUACUACAACUGUACUUGUAAUCAGAAUUAUAACCAAGCAUGGUUGCAUGAAUGAGUCAGAAUGAAUGGAUGGAUGAUUGUGCAUUUGUGGACCAUCACGUGUGUAAAUUGCUGUAGGGCAAUGUGCUUGAGAUGGGUUGAACCAACAUACAAUUGUGGAAAACAAAUCCUUGAAUUGUCCAGCUAUUAUUUUAUUUUGAUUAACAAAUUAAUGGGCGUAAAGGAAUCCCAAGUGAGUUAAUAUACAAGUAAAUACAAAGCAAAGUACGUGCAUGCUAUUUUGGUUAUUUCAGUAUGGAUAACUGCUCUUUUUUGCAAGUGUAAAAUGACAAAAAAGUUUUUAAAGAAGGAAUAACCCAUUUUUUGCAUUUUGCCCAGACCAUUUUCUGAAAUCUUUGUAAGUGCUCUAUAAUAUACAUAUACAUACUAUAUGAUUUCUGUGAUGAAUUGUAAGGGGAAGGCAAGUAUUUAAGCCAAGGACCACAACCGCAAGGGAGCAAGCUUCCCCGCCUUGUAAAGUUACACGACGACCACCAGAAGUCAGUCAGACAGACCGUGCCUUGUAAGUGUCCCGCACCACCCCACCGCACAGGAUAUUCCUUUUGUUUGGCUGAGCUGAUUUCCCUGCCAGACUCCUAACCUUAUUUCCUCUCGCACACUAUUUCUGUUCUAAAGAAGUGUCUUAUGUACUAGGAACGUAACUGCUUCAGACUAAAUCAUUUGUCGAGCUUAUUGUAGGAAAAAAGUCCUUUUCCAUAGCCAUAAUGCAUUGAACAAUACAGCUCUAACUUUCUAAGUCCUACGUACCUCACUGACUUUUUCCCCUUGCAAUACACUUUCCCCAUAAACCUAGUAUUUCUAAUCUUCUUUAAACUUUUAAGCUUCAGAAUUGUAAUCAUACUAGUGUGAAAAUAGUAUUAUUUAUAAAUGGUAGAAAAGAGAAACUAAUUUUUGAUACCAAUAAUUUAGAUCCUUGCUUUUGCAUUCAGUAUCAUGUUAGUGACUUGCAGUGGUGUGAAGUAGACAAAGAUGGGUUUGUUUCUGUCUGCCAUUUGAGUAGUAAUAAAGGAAUCUGUACCACAUGCUUUAAUGUAAAGUCUGGUUAUAUCUGGAUACUCAAGGAACAGGUAGUGCAUUAUGUCUCAAAGUGUUUGCAUGUAUUCAUGCAUGAAAACAAACAUGCGUACACAUUCAUAAGCAGUUCUUUAAUAUAGCAACAGAUACUAUUUUUGGAUUUGUUAUGACAAAAAUUAAAGGAAGUCUGACAAUCAGAUAAACAUUAAAAAUUCAGAUAAAAAUAGUCUAAAAGUUUCUGAAUUUCUGGUUCAUCCAAGAACUGUGCUAUUUCCACCCCAACAGCUUGUAUGUGGGAGGCACAAUGCUAAAGGAAAGGCAUAAUAUUUCAAGAAGAGAGCAGCAGUUGCAGUGUUGAAUGAAUUUGAUAGAUAACCAGCCAUUGCCAGUUCCCAAAUGUAAAAAUAGAUCUUAGUUAGCCUAGAGCUUUCUGUUCCAUUAAUUUGUAGUGCCAAUGAAUAGGCUCCAAUCACUCCAGCCCAAUAUUAACGAGCUUAAACUUUGAACAAAUCCCUAGAGUUGGCUGAUGGAGCUAGUUGAUAGUCCCUGGGAGCAGCUAGUGUCUCGUCUUCUCUCAAGGCAGGUAGCAUUGUAUCUUUGCUUGCAAUUGCCCUGUUUGAAUGUAAUGUGAAGCAAAGAUAAAUUAAGAUAUAAAAGACAUGUAACAGUGGCACAGUAUCAUCAUAUCAAUAAAAUUUUUAUACAUGAACAGAAAAUAUCAGAUGUGGAGUUCCAUUUCCUAAAGAUUGAACUUUAUUAGAGUUCGUAUAUAUAAGAAGAUAAAUUUAUUCAUAUUAUCAAAUAAUUUGACUCUUCUCUUUGUAAAGAAUAUGCAGUUUGUACAUAUGAGAACCCCAUAUCAAAACUGUGAAGUUAUCUACAUUAAUUAUUUAAAAAGUAUAUAUUAAAUGAAUGUAGGCAUGGCAAAACCCAAGUGUUGUUUUUGCUUCAUUAAAAUAAUUAUAUAGUGUUAAUCCACUCUGAAAAGCUGUGACAUCACAUUUUCUCAAAAUCAUUAGUACUUUCAUCAAAACUGUGCUUGCUAGAAAACCUGUGCAAUUGCUUCUAAGUCAUGAAUUUCAGAGAAUGGAAGUCACAGCAACCUUAGAACACAGUUUGCCUCCUAAAAGAUACCACAAUCCUGUCUGCCCUUGUCACAAUUCUUUACCCUUAUUUCAAUUAGCAUUCCGUGCAGAUGGGCUUGUUCUGUGCAACAGGGUAUACAGUUAUUCAUCAUUUACUAGACUUCAUAUUUAUUUAAUGAAAGUGAAGUGAAGAAAGUGGAUAAAAAUGACCUGUCAUUGUUUCAGUUGAUAUUAAAAAUAUUGGUACUGUACUAUUUUUGUUCUUUAAAAUACUUUUCCCAUUUUACUUUCAUUGUAAUAUUUGUAAUAAGUUUUUUCAACAAUACUGUUUCUAUUUCAUACUUGCAUUGCAGAAAAUUCAGCAGCACAAAACAUGUUUAUAGAAGCAAUAUUAUUUUCAAAUAAAUAAUAUUACAACAAAGAAAGAAUUCAGACAAGUUGUAAUUUUGAUUAUAUGAUUUUCUCAGUUCAAUUUGAAUUCUUUACCAUCAAAUAUUGAGUUUUUUUUUGGUCAAAUUUAAUUAUCUUACUUAUUCAGAGCUCCUUUUGUGAAAUGAAAACAUUUUUUUAAAUUUCUGUUAGUUUUCAAGUUGUUGCUUAAAGAAGAGAAUCUUGUUUCUGCAUGGUAAAUUGCAAACAUUAUUUCUAAUUUUAAUCGAUUGUUUUUCUCGUUCUUAGAUGCAUAGAUGUAAUAAUUGCCUUUUAAAAUAUCACUCUUAUGACCUAAAAUUUCAUACAUGAAUAUAAUCUGGUGAUGAUAAAAUUAGAAACAAAUAUAUUGUAAUUAACAUUUUCUUCUGCCAAGAUUACCCUGCAGAUGAAUCCACUAGAACACUCAUCAAAUAAAAAAAUAAUAAUAUACACUGA